AUGACUACUUACAUGAAACUGGUGAAAGGUGCCACCAAGAUUAAGAUGGCCCCACCUAAACAGAAAUAUAUUGAUCCCAUAUUGUUAGGUACUUCACAACAACAAGAUUUUUCCGAAAUUGUACGAGCUUUGGGACCUCGUAUUAGAGACUCUGCUUUCACCGUGGCUUAUAAAUCUUUAAUAGUUGCUCAUCUGAUGAUGCGUGAAGGUGAUAGAGACGUUGCUAUCAGAUAUUUCUCUAGAAAUUCGGAUUUCUUCGAUGUUUCGAACGUUUCACGAUCUGCAAGUGGUAGAUUUGAAGGUCAUGCAGUGGAGAAAUACUGCAUGUAUUUAAAAUUACGAGCAGAUGAAUUCGAUGCAAUUCAUGUAGACUAUGUUCGCGAUGGCUAUAGCUCGUUAAGAAGUAUAAUUACAGAUCGUAAUAACGAUUCAAUAGAUAAUGCAUUGAAUCACGUCGAAUCCUUAGAGACUCAAAUAACUGCAUUGUUGAAAAAUAGAUAUACUGUAGGAGAUCUUUCAAAUGAUUUACUAUUAUUUGCGUUUAAAUUAUUAGUCUUUGAUUUAUUAGCAUUAUACAAUGCAUUGAAUGAAGGUAUUAUCACUUUAUUGGAAUCAUUCUUUGAAUUAUCACAUGAUAAUGCAGAAAGAACACUGGACUUAUAUAAAAGAUUUGUGGAUUUAACAGAAAAUGUGGUUCGUUAUUUGAAGACAGGUAAAGCUGUUGGAUUAAAGAUUCCAGUAAUUAAACAUAUUACUACUAAAUUGGUUAGAUCAUUAGAAGAACAUUUAAGAGAAGAUAAUAUUACACAUAAUACUUUUAAUGACGAAAAUGUAACAACAAGUACAACUACAAAUAAUAAUAAUAAUAAUAACAAUAAUGGAGAUAUGUCUCCAACAAAGGGAUUGGCUCAAAGAAGACUGGAUGAAAUCAGGGAACAGAAGAGACAAUUACAAGAACAACUAGCACAUCCACAAUUGCUGAUUAAUGCAACUGGUAAUACCCCGAUGAUGCUGCAUCAGGCGGCCACUUUGCCAGCAUUGCCAUCAAUGAAUAUAGCUGAGCAGCAACAGCAACUACAACAGCAACAACUACAACAGCAGCAACAACAGCAACAACUACAAUUGCAACAACAGCAACAACUACAAUUGCAACAACAGCAACAACAGCCGGUACCUAUGAUGCCUCAAGCAACUUCAAACAACCCGUUUAUGAAUCAAGUACAACCACUAAUGCAACAACAACAACAACCACAGCUUCCAUUACAAGCACCACAACAAAUGACUGGUCAAAUUCAACCAGAACACAUGGGGCAAGCAGCUUUACAAUAUUCAAAUACGACUCCUAUGCUGAUGGGACAGAAUGGAAUUACAACUAUUAAUUUACCUCAACAGACACAUGUAACAUUACCUCAACAAAGCUCACUACCUCAACAACAACAAGGUGGUAACAAGAACCCAUUUUCAAUGAAUAACAUCAAUGACAUGCAACAACCACAACCAGAACAAAAUAAUCCAUUCUCUCAAAGAAACUACAACGAACAGACCUCAGUGACAAACAAUGCUGCUACUACUGUUGCUGCCACCAAUGCUAUGAACAAUAACCCAUUCUCAUUACAACCUCAGGACCAUACAUUACAAACUGCCAUGACUGCACCUGUAUCACUUCAUCAAACGGGAUCGCAAUUUACCCAGCAGUUUAGCCCAGAACAACAGCAACCGUUUGCCCAACAAUCGUUCAUGCAACCACAACAACUACAGCAACAGCAACCACUCAUGCAACAACAACCACAACAACAAGAGUUCAGCCUUAUCGACUUCUAA